GGCCGCAUAUAUCCAUGUCCGGUUCCCAACUGGGGGCGGGCUGUGGCGAAUCCGAUGGCGGCGGAACCACCGCACACGGGCGGCGCUGGGCUCGUCGUCGCGAACAAUGACACCAUCCGAUCCUUCCUCGUCUCCACCGCGAAGGACGUCCGUCACCUCCCCGACGAGCUUCGAGAUCUCGCUUCCGCUCUCUCGUCGCACAGCACCGUGCCCUAUCGGUCUCUUAGGAGCAUCUGGUCCGCCCUCCCCCCAGCCGACCGCCCCGCCCUCCGCUGCCUUUUCGCCGGCGCCGGUUUCGUCUUGUCGAGCCCGAAGCCCAGGGAGAAGAGCGAAGAGCUGAAGGAGAGACUCAAGAAGCUCGCCGAAUCGGCGGAGAGAAGGGAGUAUCAGGAGCUUGUGAAGGACAUUGCGCCCAAGAGAGAGGCUGCAGAGCCUUUCUCUUCCUAUAAGGAUCAGAUAGGAUUUGGUCUACAUGUAGUGUUGAUAAUGUUCACGGGCUAUUUGGUCGGUUUUGCUGCUUUCAGAGCUCUAUUUAAUCAUAGUGCUGCACUGAAUGCAGCUGGAGGCAUCUUGGGAAUGGUUUGUGGUAUGCUACUUGAAACAGUUCUGUUUAUAUUUAGAACUUCCACCAAAGAUGUGGCAUCGUCAACCCAACGGAGUAAUAAAAGGAAACUUCUAUAGCAUAUGCCAUAAUUGUCAUGGCAAUCCAGAGAUAUAUACAUUUCUUGCUUAUUUGGAUGUUAUCUGAUAUCAUGGCAUGGAAAACUCUACUUGUGUAUUCUAUUAAGAAGGAGAUCUUUUAAGCUUCUGCAGAUGUCAGCUGUUGUUGGGAACUGCUAUAGAAACCUCUUCAUUCAAUUCCCAAGCUUAGGUAUGUGGCAUCGUCAACCCAACGGAGUAAUAAAAGGAAACUUCUAUAGCAUAUGCCAUAAUUGUCAUGGCAAUCCAUAGAUAUAUACAUUUCUUGCUUAUUUGGAUGUUAUCUGAUAUCAUGGCAUGGAAAACUCUACUUGUGUAUUCUAUUAAGAAGGAGAUCUUUUAAGCUUCUGCA